GUGAACGACUCUCUUCCCCAUUCAUGUCUGUGACAGAAGAUGGCUGCAAUCUGUCAUCUGAUGACACCACAGCUUAAGGGAGGCUGAGUGACGGCCUCUGCAACAAUAAUGGAUCUCUUUGGACGUGUCCCAAUCUUUGGGUUACUGUACAUCCACUUGUAGCUGUGGAUAAGGGAGGCAAGUGGACCUGGCUCUUCUCCAUGGUUGGAUAUAGCUGCCAACUGUGCUUCUCUCAGAGAUGCGCCUCUCCCCAGUCGACCACAUGCAGCGGUGGGGUGCACAUGGAGUACCGGUGACUCGUUGGAGACCAGGGAACCGGGUGCUGAAAUGGAACGAAUAUGUUUGAGUCUUUUGCUCAUAAGUAAGGCAGUCUCGGUCGCUGCACAGUUCAACGGUUUCAACUGCGAUGCCAACUUCCACAGUCGUUUCCCAGCGGAGCGAGACAUCAGCGUGUACUGCGGUGUGCAGACCAUCACCCUGAAGAUCAACUUCUGUCCGGUGCUCUUCUCUGGCUACACGGACACGGACCUGGCGCUGAACGGGCGCCAUGGCGACUCGCACUGUCGCGGCUUCAUCAACAACAACACCUUCCCCACGGCGGUGCUCUUCAGCAUCAGCCUCAACACCCUGGAGGCCUGCGGGAACUCGCUGGUGGUCUCCUCAGCUCAGGGGGCGAAUGCCUAUGGGAACUUGUCCCUGGUGCAGAUUGGCAAUAUAUCAGGGUACAUCGACACGCCUGAUCCCCCUACGGUCAUCAGUUACCUGCCAGGCCUUCUGUACAAGUUUAGCUGCAGUUACCCUCUGGAGUACCUGGUCAAUAACACUCAGCUGGCCUCGUCAGCUGCUGCCAUCUCAGUGAAGGACAGCAAUGGUACCUUCGUAAGCACUUUGAGUUUACUCCUCUACAAUGACUCAACGUACGUGCAACAGCUUGCUAUUCCGAUGGCCGGCCUUACCUUGAAGACGCGUGUGUUUGCUGCUGUGAGGGCAAGCAAUUUAGACAGAAGGUGGAAUGUGCUGAUGGACUACUGUUACACUACCCCCUCUGGGAACCCCAAUGAUGACUUGCGCUACGACCUUUUCUUUGGCUGUGACAAAGACCCGCAGACGACCGUUUUUGAGAAUGGGAAGAGCCAGAUGGGUCGGUUCUCCUUCGAGGUCUUCCGCUUCGUCAAACACAAGAACCAGAAAAUGUCCACGGUUUUCCUGCACUGCGUCACCAAGCUGUGUCGCUCCGAUGACUGUCCGAUGCUCAUGCCGAUCUGUGGCAGUAAGAGGAGGAGAAGAGACACUCCAGCUGAGGGGGAGUCGAACGCAGCGUCUGGGAAUGCCGUCAUCACGGCUGGACCCAUCAUCACGCGCAGCGAGGAUACACCAAUGAACAAUUCUCAGCUUGCCCAGUUAAACAAGCCCCUGCAGGGAGACUCGGUGACCAGCGCCCUGAUCUCUGGCAUCAUCAUCCUGGCCGUCAUGAGCCUCUGCUUCUUCGUCCUCUCCCUCACGCUGCUCAAGGGACGCAAGACACCACCGCCGCCCAGCACGCUAGCUGGCUCCUUCAACCCCGCCUUCAACUGAUCUAAACUCCCGCCCCUCCACACAGUCUAACCCAGGCUCCAACAGUUCAACUCUGCUGUUCACGGUGAAAAAAGUUUUAAGUCCGGUCUACUGUAGCUUGGUUUUUCUAGGCCUGUCAGAUCUGUGCCAAUGCUGGGUCCCGCAUCUGUCACACUGGGAACAGUGGUUAAAGGUGAACAGCCCUCAUGUAUACCGUUUGUUUAU